CCCAUCACAUGCCUCUUUCCCUUUAUGUAUUUCAUGGUUAGAGACUUCCACGUUGCUAAAACAGAGGAAGAUAUAGGGUCUUAUGCUGGUUUCCUUGCUUCUUCGUACAUGAUUGGCAGAGCCUUUUCUGCGAUUUUUUGGGGCAUUGACGCGGACCGUAUUGGACGGAAGCCUGUCAUUGUAUUUGCCAUCCUGUCUGUGGUCAUAUUUAACACACUGUUUGGACUAAGAACUGAGAUGGCAAUAGCUACAAGACUUGUUCUAGGUUCCCUAAAUGGUUUACUUGCUCCAAUCAAGGCUUAUGCUAUUGAAGUUUGUCAAGCUGAACAUCAUGCUCUUGGGCUCUCAGUUGUGAACACAGCGUGGGGUUUUGGUCUUGUAAUCGGUCCAGCUCUUGGAGGCUACCUUCCCCAGCCUGCUGAAAAGUACCCACAAACAUUCUCCAAGGAGUCAGUUUUUGGGAGGUUUCCAUAUUUCUUACCUUGUGUAGCUGUGUCAUUGCUUGCUGCCAUUGUUUUAAUAAGUUGUAUAUGGAUGCCGGAGACCAUACACAAACAUAAGAGUCCAGAGAAGGAUAUCCAAGUAGUCAAAGCCUUGCCAUCAGAACAGGCUUACUUAGAUUCACCUCGCAAGAAGAGUUUGCUCCAGAAUUGGCCAUGGAUGUCAACUAUGGUGUGCUAUUGUUUCUUUGGUUUUCAUGACACUGCAUAUAGUGAGAUACUUUCCUUGUGGGCUGUUAGUGACAGAAAGUAUGGUGGUCUUAGCUUCUCAUCUGAAGAUAUUGGUGGAGUUCUUGCCGUGGCUGGUCCUAGCCUUCUUGUAUAUCAGCUUAUCAUUUAUCACUGGGUUCAUAAGUUUCUGGGACCAGUCAUUUCGUCGCGUGUUGCUUCUGCUCUGUCCAUACUUAUUGUCAGUACUUAUCCCUUUAUGACAUACUUAUCUGGCGCCAAACUUUCUUUUGCUCUCUACUCUGCAGCCAUGAUGAGAAGUGUUGUUGCGAUUACAGCCAGCACAGGAAUUUCCCUUCUGCAGAACCAUGCUGUGCGUCAAGACCAAAGAGGCACUGCGAAUGGUAUAUCGACAACUGCCAUGUCGUUUUUCAAGGCAAUUGCUCCAAUAGGGGCUGGUUAUCUAUUCUCAUGGGCGCAGAAACAUCAGGACAGCACCUUCUUCCCAGGUGAUCAAAUGGUGUUCUUGGUGCUGAAUUUGGUGCAGCUCCUUGGGCUCAUGUUUACGUUUGAGCCUUUCCUGGUAUUACCCACUGUAGGAGAAGAGUGCAGUUAG